AUGAAUAGGCCUGUAUCCGCAUUGUUGGCCGUCGCUGGCUGCAUAGUUGCAUCAGUCAACUUCGUGCAGCCAGUUGUCGCCGAUCUUUACGUCCCAGAUCCUCCGUUGGCUGAGCAACUCACGGAGGAGACCUACGAGCAGUUCCUCCGGAGCACUGACAAGACUGCCAUCGUCUUCUCGUACCCUUCCGCGGCGGUGUUCGGACCUGGUAGCACCGUGGAAAUCGCCGUGGUGAGCAAGAUCCUUGAGGGCAACAGCAUGUGCAAAUUUGGCAUGUACCAAGUCAACCUCACCCUCAGCUCCCCUGUCGAGGCCAUGAAAACGUCCCUCAGCUACAUGAAGGACGGCCAGCUCAUCACAAUGCCGACUGAGCCGAAGAGGGUCACGGAUAUUAUGGCGUGGAUCACCCAGCAAAGGAUUUGCGAAAUGAGGCUGCCUUCAGUGGAGUCUUCACGCUACUACCUCAGGGCCAUCGAAAGCGGCCAUGUGAACACCCUGCUUUUCAUGGGCGAGGGGCACCACGAUCCUGAACUGGAGAAGAAGGUGUACGACACUCUGUUGAGCACUGGAUUGAAGUCACCGUUCAUGGUUGCAGACCGCGACGACAUCAUCCAGUACAUCUACAGGUUGCACACCCUGAGUGAGGACACUAUGAAGCCCGUGGGAGUCAUGGUGACGCGCAACAACCUCACACAGCACCCGAUCAAAAUCUACUGGAAGGACCUGCAUGACGUGGAAGCCCUCACCAAGUUCUUCUUCCGCGAGCUUAUCCCGCCGGUGCACGGCACGCAUUCAUACAUGCUUGACUCGGUCCUGGCCACGAACAAGACGAUGGUCUACAUCUACACCAAGGAGGAGCUCAUCGAGUAUGUUAUCGACGUAAACUGGCUGAACAAGUUCGCGCGCAAGCACAGCGACAGAUUUGUGUUCAUUCACUCCAAGGGUGACGAGGCUGUCGAAAAACGCCUCAACCAGCUCUUGAUCAUCGACAGCGACUACGUGGAUACGGCCGUUCGUGCGUUCGAGCUGCACCCCGAGAGGGGAGAGUUCGUCAAGUACAAGCCCAUCGACAUGCAAGAUGGUGUCAUAACGCAAGUGAAACUCAUGAACUUCGUAAACGAUCUGCGUAACGGUAAAAUCAGGCAUUUCGUUAAGUCGGAGCUGGCUGUGCCUGAGAACAUCGACGUCGGACACGUCAAAACCAUUGUCGGAGAGGACUUCCACAGGCGCGUGAUAGAAUCCGACGUCGACGUGCUGAUCGUGUUCUUCUCGCCAUGGUGUGGGCACUGCCACCACGCUAAGCGCGUCUUCCGCGAUCUGGGCAGGCGCCUGAAGAAGGACAAGUCCGUGAUGAUUGCCAAGUUCGACGCGUUCAACAAUGAGGUCGAACACAUGUCGUUCACGGAGUACCCGACGAUCAUGCUCUUCCCGCACGGCGCAAAGGACGAUCCCAUCCGAUACACCGGUGAUAUCUCGCUUCAGUCCCUGGCUCUCUUCCUUGAGAACGAGUGCAAGAAGCGCUACAUCAACGCAGCGGAGGUUCUGCAACGUGAGGUUCACCAAGAGCGUCUGUUCGAAGAGCACGACGAACUGUAA